CCCAUCUCAUGUAUUACGAUAUCAAUAAUCAGUAUGGAUGGGCAAUGAGUCAAGCUCUACCAUAUGCAGGAUUCGAGUGUACUGAUACUAACAUUAAUGUCACACGUGUUCCAGAUGACUGUGAUACUGGAUACAUUUUGGAAGUCAGCCUUCAAUAUUCACACAAUCUCCAUGAUCGUCAUAAGGAUCUACCGUUUUGCCCAGAACACAUAAAUCCAAAGACUGGAAAACCGCCCAACUCUUCUUCCGAAAAUGUCAAGUUGAUGGCUACUUUGAGGAAUAAGGAUAAAUACGUCAUUCAUUAUCGAGCAUUGAGACAAGCAUUAGCCAAUGGGUUGUUGAUUACAUCUAUCCACAGAGUGCUGAAAUUCAAGCAAUCUCCAUGGUUGAAGAGCUAUAUUGACUUGAAUACUUGCUUGAGGAAAGCGGCUAAAAAUGAGUUCGAGAAGAAUCUCUUCAAGCUCAUGAAUAAUGCUGUAUUUGGCAAAACAAUGGAAAACAUAAGGAACAGAGUGAAUAUCAAACUCCUCACCAAAUGGCUUGGACGUUAUGGAGCCGAAGCAUGGAUAUCUAAAGCAGAAUUCAAAAACUGUACAAUUUUCAAUGAAAAUCUUGUAGCAGUCGAACUACAAAAGCUGCAGAUUUUUUUGAAUAAGCCCAUAUAUGCUGGUAUGGCUAUUCUGGAUUUGGCAAAGACUACUAUUUACAACUUUCAUUAUGAGUAUAUGAAGAACACCUUUGGUGAUGACUGUACAGUUCUCUAUACUGAUACGGAUAGUUUGAUCUAUGAAAUAAUGAAUCAAGAUCCAUAUAAAUCGAUGUAAAGAGACUGUCACAUGUAUUUCGACACUUCAGAUUACCCGUAUGAUAAUAUUUAUGGAAUACCACAAGUAAACAAGAAAGUUUUGGGUAUGAUGAAAGACGAAUUUAAUGGUGUACCAAUGACCGAUUUUAUUGGAUUGAGAUCUAAAUUACAUACAACCAAAUGUCGAACUUCAGAUAAUGAAAAGAUGCAAGUUCGUAAUCAGAUGGAAGCGGAAAACUAUACCGCUGAUGAAAUCGAUAUUUCUUUAAAAAAUAUUGGCGUUACUAAAAAAGCAAAGGGAGUUAAAAAAUCAGUUGUACAAAAUAAAAUUACCUUUGAGAACUAUGUCGACUGUUUGGAGAACUUUAGUAAGAAGGUAGUUGAACAGAACUUGAUUAAAUCAACGAAACAUCAGGUAUCAUCGGUGAUUCAGGAGAAAAUCGCCUUGAACCCUUAUGACGACAAAAGCUAUCUCAUUUCUGGAACGAACCUAACAUUACCCUGGGGACACUACUCUAUUGAACCAAUGGAUCCGGAUAUUGAGAACUAGAUUAUAAACCAUAUUUAAAACAAUAUCCGUCAUUCAAAAAAAUAUCAAAUGUCGUUGAAGAGUUGUUCAAAUUGGAUUGAUAUGAAAUAAAUGGAAGAUUUCUUCUCA